GCGGGCUGUGCUCCGCUCGACUCGCAGCCCCGAACCGGUUUGUCGGGGCCAGCGCAGGGCACGUCCCGCGGCACCUCCUUGGCUGAGGAGGAGGCGGAGCCGCGGGCAGCAAUGAAGGGGCUGAGCCGCCUGCUCCGCGCCGGGGAGGAUGCGGCGCCGGGAGCCGCGGCAGCCAGCCACGACAGCCUAUUGCCAGAUGAGAGAGAAUUUCAAUAUGCUGCUAAAAGGAACAAUUUGGAAACCAUGGAAAAGCUAUUUAAAAAGAAUGUUAACAUAAAUGCUGUAGAUACUCUGAAGCGCACCGCAUUCCAUUUUGCUGUUGCAAGAAGUCAUAUGUCGGUGGUGGAUUUUCUUCUCCAUCACAAAGCUAGAGUUGAUAUGGCGGAUCAGCAUGGCCUGACCGUGAUUCAUCUUGCAGCUUGGACUGGAAAUCUGGAUAUAAUGCGAAAAUUAGUUAAAGCAGGCGCUGAUCAAAAGGCUAAGAAUGAGGAAGGAAUGAAUGUACUGCACUUUGCAGCUCAGAACAACAGUGUUAAAAUAGUUGAUUAUUUUAUCCAAGAUCUUCAUCUGAAUGACUUGAACAAGCCUGAUGGGAAAGGUAAAAAGCCAUUUCUUCUGGCAUCUGAAAAAGGCCAUGUUGACAUGAUAAACAAUUUGAUUACUCUGAAGAUGUUUACGUCUGAAAAAGAUAAGGAGGGAAAUACAGCAUUGCAUCUAGCAGCCAAAAAUGGUCACAGCGAAGUUGUGGAAAUUCUGCUCAAACAGUGGGAGGAAAUAAAUGACCUCAAUCAGAAUGGAGAAACUCCAUUUUACCUGUCUGUUGAAGGAGGUCAUGAAAAAUGUGCUGAAAUCCUACUGGAAGGAGGGAGUGACAUCAAUGUUUUAACUCAAAACAAUAACAGUGCUUUGCAGAUUGCAGUUCAGAAUGGACAUCUAUCCUUGGUUACUUUUCUUAUUGAUAAGAAUAUUGACCUGGUUCCUAAACCCGAGAAGAAUUCCCCUCUCCAUUUAGCAGUCAUCAAUAGUCAUCUACCAGUAGUAAAAAGCCUCUUGGAUGCCAAUCAUGAUAUAAACUCCUUAAAUCACAGGCAGGAAACCCCUCUACAUCUGGCAGCUGAUCUGGGCAAUGUGGAGCUGGUGGAAGUGCUGCUGAAGGCAGGCUGCGAUCUCAAGACCGUGGAUAAGCAUGGAAAAACUGCACUAGCUGUGGCAUCAAGGAGCAAUCACGCCCUCAUUGUAGAUAUGAUCAUUAAAGCAGAAAGGUAUUAUGCCACAAAACAGGAACAUCUAGCUCAUAGCGAUGAUGGGUCAGACUUCAGCUUAUCCUUCAAACAAGAUCAUAGUACACAGACCAAGCAAAUCCGUUCCUCCCUUUGGAAUCUAGCAUACAACCAGUUAAAACCCCAGGAAUGGAAAAAACUGGCCCUGUUCUGGAAGUUCACGGAUGAACAAAUUAAAGCUAUUGAAGAACAAUGGACAGGGAUAAAAAGUUAUAAGGAACAUGGAAACAGAAUGUUGCUCAUAUGGUUACAUGGUAUAUUGCUGGCUCAUCAGAAUCCUGUCAAGCAUAUAUAUGAAGACCUGGUGGAAGCAGGAUUUCAACCUGUAGCUGGUAAGUUGUUACAGAGGACAUUACACUGUCCUCUGCGGGACGGUCGUGUGGUGCCAAGGUCCCUGCUGGUGCUGGGAAGGUGUGACCCUGGCGGAGCUGGAGGACACUCUCUUCCUUUCUGGGACUGCCCUUGCUGGGUGGUGAGGUUGCUUGAGGAAAAGCAUUUAAGCAAGACUUAAGAUUUCUGAAGGAAGAUAAAAAUGUGCAAACUUUGCUUCCCUCCUUUGUCCUGCAAACAUGGUUGAAAUGUGAUUUGCCAUCCUUCAGUUACAUUAGUCUGGCCCUGUAAAAAGCAAGCAUUUUCUUCUACUUUGCAGAGAAGAUCAGAGCUGCGAGUAGCACUGACGUGGACUCCAGAAAAUGUGCAAUGUCGUGACUUCAUCAAUAAACCAUGGCAUAUAUGAUGGAACUGCAUGCCAGAUGGAAUUGUGUGACUUUUUCCAAGCUAGAAGCACUCGCACUCCUGAAAUAUUGGUUAAUUCUUUCUCCUAUGCUUGCUAUACAAUGAUUUAAAGAAUUUAAGAGUGAAUGGCUGGCUGCUAAGCAAGAACUACCCCCCUACAAUUUCUACAUCUGGCUUAACAUUGAUACACUAAUUCCGUAUUGGAACUGCAAAUUAAGCUGACAUGAAAUGCAAAUGAGAUGUUUUCUACAUGAAAGAAAUUAAAUUUAAUAAGUGAAAAUUAUGUGUGUAAAUCAACACGUCCAGAAAUAGGUUGGCACCUGGCCUCAUCUGGGAUUCAGGUUUUUAUAAAGUCUUGCUAGGAUUAUAGUGUUCCUAUCUGAAGAGGGUUUUUCUCUUGUUUAAUUAGUAUUAGGAUUAGCAUAAGUCUUUCUUCUUCAGCAUUUGAUUUAUGUAGUGAAAAUACACAAAAAUGUCAUGUCUAAAACCUUGUGUGGCUGCAGAAUUUUCUAUCAUGGCACAACCUUGUAUACAUAUUCAAAAAGAACAUUUGAUAUUUAAUGCUUAACACAUCUAGCAAUUAUUUACCUAUUUCUUGUUCAUGUCUAGAGUUAAUAUUUAGUAGUGUCUUGCUGAACAUGUUUAAAGGUUUUCUCAUUAUUGAAUAUAUUUCAUAUCUGAAAAAUUAUGUAAAAUGUUUAUCUUUGUAGUCUUCUGUAUAACAAAAUAGUAAUAGUUUUCUCAUGUAAUGGAAGAAUUGAAUUGCCUUGUCUGUCUAUAUGUAGCUAGCAUUAUUUUGUACCGAAUCUUAUUGUUUGUACUAAAAAGAUGACGAUCUGUAUCUUAGCCUGAAGUCUUACACCCAACUGCCCUCUUGCGUGUAGCCUGUUUUGACACGGCUGCAGAGCAUCAUAAAAAUAUGAAGAACAGACUGGUAAAUCCCCAGGUUUUGCAGUCAGGGAUCUAAGACAACAAAUUCUUAGAUACUGACAGGUAUGCAUCAAGUUCUGCAACGUUAGCUUGGAAAAUGAGAAUGUUUAACAAUUUGAUGGACUUGGUACCUCACCUGGGCCAAGUCUCACCCUGGGUGUGAAAGAUACCACCCUGUAAUUCUUCAUAUAAGUAUGCUGUUGUAGGAUAUAAUUAAAAUGCAUGUCAGCUACACUUGGUUGCAUAAG